AUGGAAAAUGUCCUUGGGAUUGAAGACGCCAAGGAUAUGGAACUCCAGCGAGUACAUAGGAUUGGCAAACCGAAGAGCGAAAAUGGAAAUGGCAGCCGAACCAUCAUAGCUCGUUUUCUGAGAUUCUCGGACAGGGAACGUGUUUUUAAAUGCGGCCACAAGCUUAAAGAUACUGGUUACAAGAUGUACGAAGAUUUUCCAAAAGAACUACAUGAUUUGAGAAAAGCCCAAAUGAACAAAUUAAAGAAGGCUAGACAAGAGGGCAAGCGUGCAAAUUUUAGCAAAUCUGAGCCCGACAAACUGUAUAUCGAUGGCAAAUAUGUUAAAAUGUAA